AAGCUGCAGCAAAGAAUUUAUCACGACUAAGACUGAUCCUUAUGUCUUCAGAGGCGGGGAAGAUUACCGGAAGCUAGGCAGCCAUACAUUUAACUGAGGCGGUGCAAUGAAGGAUGUAGUGACGAGGCAAAUCCAGCGCCUGCACUCCGAGUGGUCGGAAAUGGCGUCGCUCAGCAAGGAUAAAGCAACUGUUGCCAACAAGACUUUCCCUCAUUUUCUUUUCUUGCGGAGGGUUCCAAAUGGGAGGCCUUGGUGACUUUGCUGGGCGCUUUCAAGAAACCCAGCAGAAAUUCCCAGAUCCGGCAGUCCGCGGAACUCCUACCUUGACAAUUCUGAACCUGAGCCUCUAGGUACUGCUAAAAGCAGCGACCAGUUAAGGUCCCCUCAAAUUUCCUUUGAGUUGAGUUGCCUGCGCUACUAUGUCUGGUUUUGAGAUACUGGGUAUGGCCUGCGCAGUCAUGCAAGUCAUCAGCUUCGCCCAUGAAUUAUGCACUUUCUGUAAGGACAUUUACGAUGGCCGUCCUACCAUCGACACUCACCGCGAAGCGACCGCAGCGUCAAUGAAGUCAGCGUCUGAAGGCUUGAACAUCUACUUUCAAUCAUUUUCACCACGGGAUGACGAUCAGAAAGUACUAGUCGACAUCUCUGAGAAAUGUAUGGCAACAGCCAAGGAGCUGCACACGGAAGCCCUGAAGGCAACCGCAUAUCACAAGCCUGGUAGCAUAAAAAAAUCGUUUGGUGCAUUUUUCAAGUUCGGCCGACAUAAAAAGAAGAUUGCGGAAUUGGCCGACGCGUUGAGCGGCUAUAGGAUGACCAUGGAGACCCAUCUCCUGGCUCGUAUUUGCAAGCAGGGUGAUGCCAUACAGUUACAACAAAGCGAGAAUUUCAGAAAUCUUUCGGACAGCAUGAAAUAUUUUGUGUCUCAACUCGCUGAUGGGAAAACGAACAUGAAGAAUCUCAUCAAAUUCGAGGCCCGUCAGACAAGAGAUUUCAUAACAUCAAGCUUGACCAACCAUAUGCGAGAAGCCAUUUUUACGCUGCAGACAGAUAAUCAGCGCCGCAUCUUUCUGGAAAGCUUAAGCUUUUCUGGUAUGAAUGAGCGGCGAUGCGAUGUGAAACCGGUACAUGAAGCAACAUAUCGCCAACUUUUUGACACGGCCGAGGCCGUUGGAGACGAUUCGGGCAGAGAACUAGCUGCUUUUAGAGAGAAUUUCGUUGCAUGGCUUCGAAACGAGGGCGAUACUUUCUGGAUUCAGGGAAAGCCUGGCGCAGGCAAAAGUACAUUGGUCAAAUUCCUCGCUGAACACCACAACACAAUACUGGAACUAAACCGCUGGAGCCCAGAAAUUCUCAUCAUUUCGCAUUUCUUCUGGAAGAUAGGGUCCUUGCUUCAGAAUAAUGUCAAGGGUCUUUUAUGUUCCUUGAACCACCAACUACUCUCUAAAAGUUCCCUUCUCCUUGACGAGCUGCUGUCAGAGCUUCCCUUCAUUGCAGCGAAACAUUCCACCACAGACUGGGACGUCAGGGAACUGAAAGAUAUUUUAUCACGCACACUAACUCGUUAUCAAUCGUCUGUUUGCAUCUUUAUUGAUGGACUUGACGAAGUGGCGGGUAAGGAUGAGGUAGAGGAGCUUCUAUUGACAGUGGAGCUGUUGAGAAACCUUCCCAAUGUCAAGCUCUGUGUCUCAAGCCGUGGAGAACCUAUUUUCUGCCGUUAUUUCUCAAACGCGCCUAGUAUCAAGCUCCAUGAGCUGACGCACGGAAAGAUGCUUAAAUACGCAACAGACAUACUCGGCAAGUGCCCUACGACAAGGGCAUAUAGUCCUCUAUUCUUACGACAAAUCUCAUCAGUGGUAGUUAAAAAGGCUGAAGGAGUCUUUCUUUGGCUCCAUUUAGUGCUCCGAACCUUAAAAAUCGGCCUUCAGAACGGCGAUGAAGAAAGUGAACUCCUUGCUCGCCUCGAACAAAUGCCCUCCGAGCUUGAGAAGCUGUACGCUGAUAUGUGGGCAAGACUCAACGAAGACGAGGAGACGUAUCAAAGGUCCGCCGCAAAGUACUUCAAACUAGCUAUAGCCUCCCAAACUCUGCAGGAUGCAUAUUACGUGGAGCAUGAAGCUUGUACCCCCGGUCACGGUGGCGUUUGGCCCUGGAAAACGAGCAUUUUCCAAGUUAUGCUCAAUAAGGAAGCCCGAGUGCGUGAAGCAUUGCUGGAGAAGGAAAGUCAGCUGCCAGGACUGAAAUUUAUGGGAGAUUUCCCCCAUAGCUGCAAUGACAUAGUCAUCCGGAGUGCGGGUCUUCUUGAAGUUUAUUCUCAACAGACAUGCAGACCAGAAGAGCUGUAUAGCCCUGAUGACGGGCCAUGGAAAGCCAUGUGCAGCCAUGUUCGGUUUAUCCAUCGAACAGCCCUUGAUUUUCUACUCAACACGGCGGAAGGCAGCAAUAUUCUCGCUCAUGAACCAUCUAACGAGCACGACAUGGCACUGAAUUUUGCGAGCAGCAUAUUAUGCGAAAUGAGAUACAGAAAUCUCUCGGACUCGCAAGACUAUGAUCAGCGUCACUGUGUAUAUGGCAGUCGGAUGCAUCGUUGCCGCUGGUUACUGGGCCGCGUAUUAAGUCGAAGCAGUUGUGGACAGACACGAAAGCAGGCUGAAGAUCUCCUCGAGACUUUCGAAAGCCUCUUUGAGGCAAGACUUUUGCCUUGGGAUCAACGUCCAGCACGGUAUCCCCUGCCCUCUUUUGGCACCAUCUUCAUCCGUGAUCCUGCAUUCGAAUGGUUUAUUACCCGGCGGUGCGAAGACAAAGGCCCAUCAUAUGCAACCAGCAUUCUUCGAGACAUUUGGGAGAGGAUGGAGACUCACUACCAUGUACCGCAACCGCAUGAUCCGCACCACGUCGUCCAAUGGCUCGUGUCUCUUGGCGCGGAUUUGAAUUGUGCUCAUGUGUGUCUUUAUGAUAUAUCGCAAUUCACUGCCAGUUCUCCGUUUGUCGCUAUGGACACAGCGUUUAGCCGAUUCCUGAAGCAUGUCGUCAACAACAGCACGCGAAGUCAUGUGGAUGGAUUAAGGUUGACAUCGGGGACAUUGGCGGCUUUUUUGGGGGCUGCGCCUGACUUGAACUAUCGCACAUCUUUUGUGAUCGGCACCUCGACAUUAGAGAACAACCCACUUGCUUUUUUCAGCCUUCGAUCAUAUUUAAACGGGAGAACUAGCAGCCCUGUCUCCCCAAAUACGCCACUGCCGCCGAGCUUUGUUGACGAUGAUGAUUACUCAGUGGCUAUCUUCCUUGAGGUGAACCUCAAAUUCCUUGUUGACGAGUACAUUGGCUCGACGACUUCUCAGAGUGGAGCCUCAAGCCGCUAUUUAUCUACAGCAAAAGCACUUUCUGAGGCAGUAAAUGUUGAUUCGUAUGCCCAAGUUCGCUUCUUAAGCGCCUUUCGGGGUUCUUUUAUCCUCGAGAAUCAAUUGUAUCGCGUCAUCAAACCGGAUAUUUAUGAAAAUACUCUCAAGACUCUUAAAAUCACCCGCCCUGUUGAUUUUGAUGACCAGAAGGGUAUGACUGAUUCGCAUGAUUCGCAGCCAUGGGCGUGCAAAGUGGAUCUCAAGAGAGCAGUAUACAAGUAUGUUAUGGACUCAGAGGCGUGUGAAAGAGUUGCCCCAUCCAUUCUGUUGACUACUCUUGCAGAUGAGAAAUUGGGGGUUUGUCGGGUAUAAUGAUGAUAUACUUUAGACUUGGUGGAUGAUAUUCAUGUAGACUGC